AUGGCCUGCUCUCUGCUGCUGGCCAAGACAGGGCAAGUGGUCCUAGUAUUUGGCAGACAGCUGGACUAUUUUUACCCAAGAUACUUAGACUGCGUCAGUAGGCAUGGGCCUCCGCACAGCAAGAGCCCAGCUUUCGCCGCCUGCGUUCAGAACUUGCCUGACCAGUGCUCCCCAAACCCCUGCAACAAGGAGGGGACCCAAGUCUGCCAAGACCUCAUGGGCAACUUCUAUUGCCAGUGCAGAGCUGGCUGGGGCGGGCGGCUCUGUGACAGAGAUGUCAACGAGUGCAGCCAGCAGAAUGGGGGCUGCAACCAAAUAUGCCUCAACAAGCCCGGCAGCUUCCACUGCGCCUGCUACAGUGGCUAUGCGCUCUCGGUGGACAGCAGGACCUGCCAAGACGUGGACGAGUGUGCAGACGGCAGGGCCUGCGGGGAGGCGCGCUGCAGCAACCUGCCGGGCUCCUACGCCUGCCUCUGUGAUGAGGGCUAUGCAUUCAGUCCCCAGGAGAAGGCCUGUCAAGAUGUGGACGAGUGUGCUGAGGGGCGCUGUGAGCAGGCCUGUGUCAACUCCCCAGGGGGCUACACCUGCCACUGUGACGGGCGUGGGGGCCUCAAGCUGUCUCCGGACACGAACACCUGCGAGGACAUUUUGCCCUGCGUGCCUUUCAAUGUGGCCAAAAGCGUGAAGUCCUUGUACCUGGGCCGCAUGUUCAGCGGGACCCCCGUGAUCAGACUGCGCUUCAAAAGGCUGCAGCCCACCAGGCUGCUCGCUGAAUUCGACUUCAGGACCUUUGACCCCGAAGGGGUCCUGUUCUUUGCUGGAGGUCAUCAAGACAGUGCCUGGAUCGUGCUGGGCCUGCGGGCUGGCCGGCUGGAACUGCAGCUCCGCUACGGUGGUGUCGGCCGAGUCACCAGCAGCGGGCCUGUCAUCAACCAUGGCACAUGGCAGACGAUCUCUGUGGAGGAGCUGGACCGGAAUCUGGUCAUCAAGGUGAACAAGGAUGCCGUGAUGAAGAUCGCGGUGGCCGGGGACCUGUUUCAGCUGGACAGAGGACUGUAUCAUCUGAACCUGACCGUGGGAGGCAUUCCCUUCAAGGAGAAGGACCUGGUCCAGCCAAUAAACCCCCGUCUAGAUGGCUGUAUGAGGAGCUGGAACUGGCUGAGUGGCGAGGACACCACCAUCCAAGAAACGGUGAAAGCAAACUCCAAGAUGCAGUGUUUCUCCGUGACGGAGAGAGGGUCCUUCUACCCCGGGACCGGCUUUGCCUUCUACAGCCUCGAUUACACUCGGACGUCCGCGGCCGUCGGCACCGAGGCAGCCUGGGAAAUAGAGGUCGUGGCUUGGAUCCGCCCCGCCACUGACACAGGGGUGCUGCUCGCGCUGGUGGGCGGCGACCACGUGGUCGCCCUCUCCGUGGCCCUGGUUGACUACCACUCCACCAAGAAGCUCAAGAAGCAGAGCGCCCACCUGAGCAUGCGUCAGACAGAGGCUCUGGCCAAGGCCCUCACCAACCCGCCUCCUUGUCCUAACAUGCAGCUUCUGGGGACAGAGUCCUCUGUACCCCAGGAAGUGCUGGCAUACGGCCACCUCCUGCAGACUGGGGACCCGUUCCUGACCAGGCAGAACGUGACUGCCCGUGGUCAUGCUGUUUGUUCUUUCCCCACUGGCCCAGACGUGCCUGUGACCUCAGCGCCAGUCACGGCCUUCUACCGCGGCUGCAUGACCCUGGAGGUCAACCAGCAGACGCUGGACCUGGACGAGGCCGCCUACAAGCACAGUGACAUCACAUCACACUCCUGCCCCCCCGUCGAGCAGGCCAGCCCCUAG